GUAGGGGCGCCUGGGUCCCCACCCCUGCUGGCCGCGCAGGGUCGCGCGUGGGCGCGGCGGGCGCCGAUUGGCUGGCGGGAGCGCGGGCGGGGCGGGCGGCGGCGCGGAGGGGCCGGUCACCCUGCAGCCCGGCCUCGGCCUCCGCUCGUCGCCGCCCCGCCCGCGCGCACGUUCCCCCGGCGGCCACCAUGAGCACAGGCCUGCGGUACAAGAGCAAGCUGGCGACCCCAGAGGACAAGCAGGACAUCGACAAGCAGUACGUGGGCUUCGCCACACUGCCCAAUCAGGUGCACCGCAAGUCUGUGAAGAAGGGCUUCGACUUCACGCUCAUGGUGGCGGGGGAGUCGGGCCUGGGGAAGUCCACACUGGUACACAGCCUCUUCCUGACUGACUUGUACAAGGAGCGGAAGCUGCUCAGUGCUGAGGAGCGCAUCAGCCAGACGGUCGAGAUCCUGAAGCACACGGUGGACAUUGAGGAGAAGGGGGUCAAGCUGAAGCUCACCAUUGUGGACACGCCAGGCUUCGGGGAUGCCGUCAACAACUCUGAGUGCUGGAAGCCCAUCACCGACUACGUGGACCAGCAGUUUGAGCAGUAUUUCCGGGACGAGAGUGGCCUCAACCGCAAGAACAUCCAGGACAACCGUGUGCACUGCUGCUUGUACUUCAUUUCCCCUUUUGGGCAUGGGCUGCGGCCCGUGGACGUGGGCUUCAUGAAAGCCUUGCACGAGAAGGUGAACAUCGUGCCCCUCAUCGCCAAAGCCGACUGUCUCGUCCCCGGUGAGAUCCGGAAGCUGAAGGAGCGGAUCCGGGAGGAGAUCGACAAGUUUGGGAUCCACGUGUACCAGUUUCCUGAGUGUGACUCGGACGAGGACGAGGACUUCAAGCAGCAGGACCGGGAACUGAAGGAGAGCGCACCCUUCGCUGUUAUCGGCAGCAACACGGUGGUGGAGGCCAAGGGGCAGCGGGUCCGGGGGCGUCUGUACCCCUGGGGGAUCGUGGAGGUGGAGAACCAGGCACACUGCGACUUCGUGAAGCUUCGCAACAUGCUCAUCCGUACACACAUGCAUGACCUCAAGGACGUGACGUGCGACGUGCAUUACGAGAACUACCGAGCGCACUGCAUCCAGCAGAUGACCAGCAAACUGACACAGGACAGCCGCAUGGAGAGCCCCAUCCCCAUCCUGCCACUGCCAACCCCCGAUGCUGAGACAGAGAAGCUCAUCAGGAUGAAAGAUGAGGAGCUAAGGCGCAUGCAGGAGAUGCUGCAGAAAAUGAAGCAGCAAAUGCAGGACCAGUGACCCCACCACAGCCCCACUUUGCCAUGGAUAUACUGCCAGUUUCCAGGCUGGCCCUUCCCACCCCUGGACCCCGACUGGCCUGGACUCGACCCCGGAUUCGUCUGGAUCGCCAACAGGCCUGGACACAACCCCAAUUCCAGAGUGGCCCAGACCUGGACUUUUCCCUACUGUUCCUGAACUGACCCAGAGACGCGGGGUCGCAGCCCCCAGCCAACCCUAAUUUAUUCUCAGCCUCAGCCCCUCCCCUCAUUUGUAUCUGCUUCCAAGGGGCCUGGACAAUGGCCCCCACAACCAGCCCUCUCUGGCCUUGGGGGAGCAGGAGCUAAGUUGGGUGGUGACUUCUGAGAUCUCUCCCAAACCCAGAAGGUCACAGCACUUAGAUUCCAGGCCCUACUCAGAUGGGCGGGUAAACCAAGGCAGAAUAGGGGAGCAGAUCCACGGGAUCCUGGGCCUAUUCCCUGCCCAGUGCUGCAGAGUGAACCUGGGAGUCCUCACGUUGUGCUGAGGUGGGCCAGGUCCUUCUUACCUCCUCACCCACUCACCAGGUAGCUCAGCGGGCAGGUUGGACAGCCGAAGCAAUUAGGAUUCCUCCAGACCUUAGGAGGCCAGCUGGCUGCUGGGGAGGAAUAAUGGGGCUGGGAUGCUUGUGAAUGCCUACGCCCCUCCCCCAUGGCCAUGGCCUGGCUCCAGGAGCAGUGGGUGGUGGGCAAACUAGCAACCCCCAUCCCUGGACCACCCUUCCCUGUUGGUCACUGGAGGCCUGUUCCCCCCAGCAGCACUGUUGCCCCGGGUUCCUGAGCCCUUGGUCCCCCAUCCCUCCACCCGCAUGAUCCCUGCCCCCAAGCUCCAUUCUCCAGUUUGUUCAGUUGUGAAUGCUGCGUCCUGUCCUGGUGACAGGAGAACAACGUUGGUGAACGUCGAA